UCAGAGGAGCCGCUGAGCCCGGGCCGCGGGCGCCGCAGGGCACCGGCAUCGCAGGCUGCUUCCAGCGACUCGGCUAAUGCAGGGGGGAUUCCUCCUGCUUCGCCCUCGGAUGGGCAGGUUUGCUUGAUGCGUGCUGCUUUCUCUCUCUGGGGACUGACCUGCCCUCUGCUUUCUCCCAGGGGCUGUCCCGGCCGCAGCGGCUUGCUUUCAAGACAGGCUGUUGGAAAACCAUCGCAUCCGUGUUGCUUUCCCAGAUGUUGCAACCUAAGAUCCCUGCAGGCAGGUUGUGCUUGGGGUUGGGAAGGCUAUUCCUCCAGAUGCUUUUACUUCUCAAGGCACCCAGAAGCGGGUAAUGCAGUUGUGGUACCUGGGAAACUCUGCAGAGCUGCCUACUGACUUUGCAGACCCCGUGGAAGUAAAUCCAGCCUCUCUGGACUGGUUAGGGCCAAAUGUAGUGACUGGCCAAGCCAGGGGGAGGUUUGGAUGUGCUUUCCAAUACACUGAGCUCUUUACAGCGAUAGGGAGACAUUUAUCUUAUUUUCCCAGCAAUUUGAAGGAGCUAUAAAGGAAAAGUGUUACUCUGCAGAUGCACUUGAGCUGUUGAAAAGGCUCUGAAUGAACAAGUUUAUUGUCAUGUGAAAACGACUGUGUUUCAUUUAUUCUGGCAAAUGCUUCCACUUUUGGACCAAAACAUCUGUCUUUUAACACCAUUAGAGAAACAGCGUAAAACCAAGCCAGCUUAGAAAGCUGCAACAUCGCCUCCAACAAUAAGGACAUUAUUUGAUUUUUCCUUGCCUGUUUAAGGUUGGGCUCCCUGCUAAAAUUGUGGUGAUUUUAUGAAAUGUUGAUAGCAGUAGGUUAGGAACUGAGUAGAGAACAGAAGCUUAUUCCACACAGGUCAUGAGAAAUGUUCAGGCUGUUCAACCAGUGGUGAGUGGACAAGGCAUCAUUUCACAGACAUGUCUGGUAGUGGUGCCUUUAGAAAACUCUGUUCACUUUUGCACACUUUAGUAUGAGAAAGAUGUGGAUAAAUUUAAGAGUAGUAGCAAAAAUAAUGAAAGGCCAGCAGAAAAUGACAUCUCGAGGCAGCUUAAAAGUCUUGGUAAGCCUAGGCAAAAUGAUUCUCUACAAGUACCUGACAGACACAAGCCCUAAGAAGGGAAAUAAAUAGCUAAGGAUUCAUAGAUUCAUAGAUUGUUAGGGACUGGAAGGGACCUCAUAGAUCAUUGGGUUCAGCCCCCCUGCACUAGGCAGGAAAAGACAACUGGAUAGGAAAGGAACAACUAGAAAAAUGGGUUCGGAUUAGGGAAAGAAGUAUCUGAAAUUUUAAACUUCUUGACUCUGGACUAACCUUCCAGAAAAAGUGGGUUCAUAUCCCAUCUCUAAAAAUGUUUAAAACUAUGCUGGACAAAAACAUGGAGAUCUACAAUUGAAAACUGGCUUUGACUGGCAAAAAGAAAUGGACCAUUUCUAACUUUGAUGAGUCUGUUCAAUCCAUAAUAAUGUUGAAUCAUCCAGUAUCUGAUUUUUGGCAUUUGAUUAUUCCUCUUCACAUUUGUCUAAUUUCCUCCCAUCCAUCUAUCUCUUUCUCUAGCCCCUUAAGUGCCAACAUUCAAACUGAAGUGAUUUUCUUUUUUUUCCAGAGCAGAAUCAAAUGAAUCAAACUGAAAAUGAUAAGCCACAUAGUGGCCAUGAGGAAAAGAAACAGUUAUUCCUUUCCAAUUGGAAAGUACCAGAAUUGUUGUCAUGUCUUGCAAACGUUAAGAAUGGAGAACCAACACACCAGUUGCUUUUGAAGGGAACACAUGCAUCUCUCUUCCAUACAGUGCGUUUUGCCAUAAAAUCUAAUAACUGGGAGACUGAAGCAAAAAACAAACAUUUGCUACCUCAUGAGUUAUGCAGUGGGUCACAAGAACAUGUAGCAAAGGAAGGUGCAUAUUCACUCACAACAGCAGUGAGAACUGCAAACAAAUUUCUGUCUGCCUGCUUAAAGUGGCUGUCUAAAUCAAAGACAAAGCAUUCUACUGCUAGAGGACACAGAAAACCUAAACGCAGCAGACAGUUGCCAGAGCAUAUGCUUCCUUACGUGCUUUUAAUCAGAAAUUGUCUUCCCUUGUCGACUUCUUCAAUCAAAUCCAAAUGUUCCAAAGGAGAAAUAUUAUGCAGGAUACAGUAUUUUACAUUGAGCCUCUGGAAAAAGGAAAAGCCCAAGCCUUUAUCUAAAAUUUCUCCAAUUUCUGAGUUGCAAAAAAUUGAAGAAACACAACAUAUCAAGUUUCUCAAUCUGAAAGAUCUGCAGUGGAAACUGUAUAAAGGCAUUGUGAAGAGGAAGCAGAAAGUGACAGCUUCACAGAGAGAAGCAAAUUACAGACCUUUUAGGAUAUUCGAAGAAAAAACAACAAAGGCUGAAUACAUCAUCCCUUUGAUUUCUAAGAACUAAAGAGUUGUUUCCUUUCUUCAAGGAGUUUGUGUUGCAGGUCCUGUUUGUGUCAAGUAAAGUCUGAAUUUAAAUGAAUGGAGAAUUACUACAGUUCAUAGAAAAUGCCAAUACUUUUGUAGAAAUAAUAAUAAUCCUAGUAGCUUGUAGAAAUUCAUUGUGGACCAGGUUCCUGUUGUGCCAGGCACUGUGUAAUCAUAGAAGAAAAAAAAAUACACUCCAUGCCUCAAAGAGUUCACAAAACUAGGCAAAACCAAUGAAUAUAGGCUGACAUAGGGAAGCACAAGGAAAGAAUGAGAGAGUAUUUGCAAAAGAGUAAUUUAUUUUUAUGCUGGUGAAUGAGUUCCUACUGCACAACUUCUGAGUGUGUUUACCUGAUUAAAAUCAUGAUGAGCCUUGUACUGCUGUCAGUUACACCAGUUUUACACCCAUGCAAAUACUCCUAAUUUAAUAUCAGAACCAGACCCAAAAUACACAAAAUAAUUUGCUCCUGCCCUUGUCAAUAGACAACAUGGUAGAAUGUUUCCUCCCAAUAUGACCACUGCAGGUAACAUGGGAUGAGAUGUGAAUGAGGAAAGAAGACGUUUAUAUUUUUACACCAAUAAUUAUAUAUUAAUUGAAUUGAUCCUAGGGAAUAAUCCAGGCACAGCUAAGCAGCAACACUCAUUCCCCAAAACUGUUCCUCCAUCUCCCCUGUAUGAUGCAGCUUUUCAGAUCUUGCUAAUGUAUAACAAUUGAUUGUGUGAAUAUGAGCAUAUAUAUUUUGGAUGUUUGUUUUAAUAAUAAUAAUACCAAUGAACUGAAAAAGACAAGUGCUCUGUUACCAAUUUUAAUAUUGUAAUAUUCAAUCCCAAAUGUCUUGCAAAGUUAACAGGUCAAUGUACAGAUUAUAAAUACUAUCAAGUUCACUCACUGCAGCAUCUCAGAAUGCAAUAUUGGGGCUGUUUAACAGUGCACAACAAAACAACACAGUCUCCAGUGAAACUACAAGGGGAAUAUGCUAGAAGAGAGACUGUGCCCUGACCUAGAAUUUGGCUACAAAAUUUGAUUGAUGCCCCUAUCUUUGAGAAACAUUAUAAAUUGUCUGGAUGUCAGUUUUAUAUCUUCUAUAAAUGACAUAAUCUAAAGCAGAACAACAGUACGUUAACCCAGUGCAGUAGGGAUUAUUUUAGCAACAAUGCAGAAAGGAGGCUACAAUGUACUAAAUCACUCGGAAUACAUUCUUGCAGCAUAUGCUUUUUUGGGGAUGACCAGGCCUUCUUUGUUUCUGAGAUCUGAUAGUAUUGUCACAUUAUGUAAUAAUCUGCAAGCCAAAUAUUGUGUAAACUUCAUAACAUUUCUUCAAAAGCGAAAGGAGAGAGCUCUUAAUUUCUUUCAGACCUAUGUUGAAUCAGUGAACACUGAUGCACUAUGGUGCUUAUGUAACUGAUUAAUAUUUCAGCACUUUAAUUCUAAGGAAAAUGAAGGAGACAGUAUAUUUGCUUUCCCUAUCAGAAACUGCAGGAUCAUCUCUGUACCAGAGAUUAGUCAUGUUAAAAGUGAUAGAAAGUGUAUUGGCACUUAAUACUUGUCAGAUCUAAUUUUCAAGCAUAGGUUUUAUGUUUUAAUGGUGGUAUU